ACGCUGUGCAGGCCCUGUUGGGAUGGCUCCUGCCAAGAAGAUCAAGGCCAAGAUCAAGAAGACGCUGCCCGUGACCGGCCCGCAGGCGCCCACGCUGCGGGAGCUGAUGCACUGGUACUGCAUGAACACCAACACGCACGGCUGCCGGCGGAUCGUGGUGUCCAGGGGGCGCCUGCGCCGGUCCCUCUGGAUCUUGCUCACUCUGACCGCUGUGGGGCUGAUCCUGUGGUACUGCGCCCAGCUGGUCAUGAACUACUACGUGGCCUCCGUCUCGGUCACAGUGCAGUUCCACAAGCUCCCUUUCCCGGCCGUCACGAUCUGCAACAUCAACCCAUACAAGUACAGUGCCAUCAAGGGACACCUGGCAGAACUGGACAAGGAUACCCUGAACGCGCUGGAAUCCUUGUACAACUUCACAGGAAGCAAGCCCAGGGAACGCCGAGACACAGACAGUAAGAAAGCCAAAAAGAGCAAAUUCCUCCCACGCUUUCCCCUGGUGAAGGCAGAUCGACUCCAGCCCACAUCUGCAGCCAGCAACUCUGCAGGCCACAAGCGGCGGAUUGAGGCCAGUAUCAUCCCGGGAGGCUCAAGCAUGGUGACCAUCAAGAACCCCCAGGACAUUGUGGCUUUCCAGUUGUGUGACUCCAGCAACAAAAGCGACUGCGCGCUCUACACGUUCAGCUCAGGUGUCAACGCCAUCCAGGAGUGGUACAAGCUGCACUACAUGAACAUCAUGGCGCAGAUUGACGCAGAGGAGAAAGUGAAGAUGAGCUACUCUGCUGAUGAGCUCUUGCUGAGCUGCUCCUUUGAUGGCAUCUCCUGUGACUCCAGGAAUUUCACUUCCUUCCAUCAUCCGAUGCAUGGGAACUGCUACACCUUCAACAGUGGCCAGAAUGGGGAGAUCCUGAGCACAUCCAUGGGAGGCAGUGAAAACGGUCUGCAGGUGAUCCUGUACAUAGAAGAGGCUGACUACAACCCCUUCCUGGUGACCUCCACAGGGGCCAAGAUUGUGGUCCACGACCAGGAUGAAUACCCAUUCAUCGAAGACAUCGGCACCGAGAUCGAGACCGCCACCGCCACCUCGAUCGGGAUGCACUUCACAAAGUCCCACCGGCUCAGCAAGCCAUACAGCAACUGCACAGAGGACGGGUCAGAUGUGUCGGUGGAGAACCUCUACAACAGGAGCUACUCUCUGCAGAUCUGCCUGCACUCCUGCUUCCAGAAGUUCAUGGUGGAGACCUGCGGCUGUGCUCAGUACGCCCAGCCGCUGCCCGCCGGAGCGGAGUUCUGCAACUACAAGAAGUUCCCGAACUGGAUGUACUGCUACUACAAGCUGCACGAGCGGUUCGUGAAGGAGCAGCUGGGCUGCCAGCAGAUCUGUAAAGAAGCCUGCAGCCUGAAAGAAUGGACGCUCACCACAAGCCUCGCCCAGUGGCCCUCCACGGCGUCUGAGGAAUGGAUGCUCCGGGUUCUUGCUUGGGACAAAGGCAAGAACAGCAGCAAGGCACUGAACAAGACAGACCUGGCGAGCCUCACGGUGUUCUACAAAGACCUGAACGAGCGGUUCAUCACAGAGAACCCCACGAACAACGUGGUGCUGCUCCUGUCCAACUUUGGGGGCCAGCUGGGGCUGUGGAUGAGCUGCUCUGUGGUCUGCGUCAUCGAGAUCGUGGAGGUCUUCUUCAUUGACACCAUCUGGAUUGUCCUGCGCCGCCAGUGGCAGAAGGCGAAGAAGUGGUGGCGGGGCCCGGAGAGGGGGCGGUGCGAGGGAACGGCUCGGCCCCCCCAGGGCGACCCGCCAGCGGGGCAGGGCCACGACAACCCCGCCUGCACCCGGGAGGACGACAGCGACGACCUGCCCACCUUCAACACGGCCAUGCGGCUGCCACUGCCCCCGCAUGGCAUGGCCCCCCGGACUCCGCCCCCCAACUACAACACCCUGCGGCUUGCCGGCCCCUUUGCAGGGCAGCCCUCGGGCCAGUGAGGCCCAGGAGAGCCCCUCUGCCCACAUGGGGAGGGGUCCAAGCACUCCCAGGGAGAGGACCGGUCCAGCGGCAGGCCACUGCCCCAGGGGAGCCUCUGUCGGAGGAGCCCCACGCAGCACUGGGGGUCGCCGGAGGGGAACGGUGGGGGAGCCCCGGCCCAGUCCUGCAGCCGUGCGGAGCCCUCGAGGUGGCUCUCGGCUGCAGCACCAGCGGCUGCUGGCAACUUUCACCUGCCGGAUCCGAGCCACAGCCCCACGCACCAGACCGGCAGUGGCCCCCCAGAGUCGAGGGAGCGCACCUCCCAGCCGCGUCCCUGCUAGGGCCGCCCUUGAGGGGAGCUGCGGGCCCAGGGAGGGGCGGGGCCCCUCAGUGGCCAGCAAGAAAGAGCGAGGGCUUGGCACAUGUGAUGACCCCUAAGCACCUGGAGGGCUCUGGGGCAGAGGGCCGUCAUCGUGGGCCGAGGCUCUGGGGCUGCACGUUUUCCCACAGCGCCCGUCGGCCGGCUGGCCGGCCAGGCCCACACGGGCUCGGGGCUCCCUAGCGGGAAGGCAGGCUGCCAGGGCGAGUGGGGGGUGCAGGGCCCCCUCCCCCUGCUCAUCAGGGCUGGUUGCCUUCCCUGGAAAGCAGGAAAGAGCAACAGAGUGCAGGGGGCUGGACCGCUCCAUCCCAAAGGCCAGCCUGUCACAGAGAAACCCUGGGGGACCCGGGGGGGGGGGGAUGCCAAAGGGCAGGCCUGAAAAAGCAAGCCGGCACACCUCCACUCGCGCUCCUUCCGCCAGCAGCGGAGCCUCCGAGAGGCUUUUCAGCCUUUCCGGAUGGGUAAGGGCCUGCCCGCAAACUGGGGAGCCAGCCGGUGCUUAGAGGAAGGGCUGUGGCCACUGGGACAGGGCACUGCCCAAUUAGGAACCGGGCAGGCUGGAGUUGGCCCUGGGCCGUCCGUAUCCGCAGGGCCAACUCCAACGGGAAGGCGGUCCGUCUGAGCACCUAAUGCCUCGGCAUCGCCCAGAUUUCCCAGUAAAGCAGCCAAGAUGUCUUCCUAUCGACUGAAUGUUGCCAUGUACACUGUACUUAUGAUUGAAAUGGACCACUGUUGAUGGUUGUUUGGCCUUUUUAAAAA